UGUGACCCCUUAUUUCGCCGAGUCAUUGCUGAACAAGGCUGGUGGGUAUAAGGAUACAAAAUGAACUGAACUGAAGAGAGAUGCCGGGGAAUGACGUCAACAGCCGCUGGGCGUUAUAACACAAAUCCGGUUGCACUAACAGGACCGGUUAUGCAAGUUAUACCUCCGAAGGUGAAAAGAAUUGAUAUCAUACACUCUACGUAGAGAUCCCAACCUGGAGCCUCUUCGCUACCAGUGGGCACUUUAACAGCUGGACUACCAAAUCAUUUGGCGCGAAGCGGAACACCGUUCUUUAAGGUGGAGCCCAGGCUGACACAAAUCGGGCGUGUCGCUUAACAGUAAAGAUGGCGAAGUUGUGUAACGUGUUGACUCUCGCUUGCCUUAUAUCUUGGACUGCUACUCCUGUUGCUGGCUUCGGCAGAGGACCUCCCGGCAGUACAUGCCUCACGAUGUUCCCAAAGCAUGGACAGGAUUUAACGUGGCAAGCUUCAGGACCUUGUCCCUUUAAGAUCAAUCUGUCCAGCGACACUUAUAGACCUUUGCAAAACAUCACUGUUACUCUUGAAUCCGAUGACAGUCAAGUGUUUCGUGGAAUCCAGAUCAGUGCUCACAGAAAGUCCCUUAACAAGGAGGAAUUCCAGGGAACGUUCUUGUCCUAUGCACCAGAAACCAAACUCCAGGCAUUUAACUGUAUGGGUGGACGUCACAACCAGAUAGCCCACAAGAACAAUAACACCGUGACUCAAGUUGUGUUAGUGUGGCAGGCACCGAGUGACAACGUAGGGGACAUCGUCUUCCUCGCAACGUUCGUUAAAGAUUUCACCACGUUUUGGGCUUGGGAGAAGAAGGAGCUGCGGACCAUGGAUAAUUCCUCAGUGGUGACACCUGCACGGCCGUUGGAAGACCCAACGCAAGAAAUGGAUGACAUCGACUUUUCACAGUGUGGGUCAGAAAAGGGAUGCUUCUUCUACCCCAGACUUUGUAGUGGCACCGACUGUAAUGCCGCUGUAACUUAUCAAAGGAAUGGUGACUCAUACACAUUCGAGAUGAUGGCGAAAUCUUCUGGUUACGUCAGCCUUGGAUUUUCCAGUGACACCAAAAUGGGGGAUGAUGUCACGGUAACGUGCACCGCUCAAGACAACAGUGUGACAGUUCAGAACGGCUAUAACCCAUCGUACCACAAUGAGAGACUUAUGUCGUACGACCUGACUGACCUCAGCGUUAAGAAGACCGCCACCACGGUGAUGUGUAGAUUUACAAGACCACGUGUUCUGGGGUUAGAAAUGUCGAAUCCUCUCACUGACCCCCCUGAAGUGAACACUCGCAACUUCGACAUGGAGACACAGUCGUAUAUAAUGUUGGCCUGGGGCCACCUUCCUGUGGGGACUGACGUCAUGGGCAAGCACAGGGAAAGUCCAGCAGUAUCAGACGUCAUGAUCGACUUUCAGGCUUAUGAAAUUUACAAAGGAUCUUCCCUGUCUAAGGAGUACCAGGCUCAUGGCGCCACGAUGAUCAUCGCCUGGAUGCUGUUGGCUGGUCUUGCUACUGUCAUUGCCAGGCACUACAAGGACCUGUAUGAAGACGAGAUGUUCUGUGGCACCAAAAUAUGGUUUCAGCUUCACCGAGCAAUUGCUGUCGGUAUCCUUGCCUUGACUGUCGCCAGCUUCAUCAUCAUCUUUGUCAAAGUAGACAAACUCUCUGAAGGCACGGGAAGAACACACGCCAUCAUUGGGAUCACAGUCGGUGUGGCAGUCUGUCUGCAGGUUCUGGGUGGUUUGCUGAGACCCGGGGUAGACUCGAGUAUCCGCCCUUUCUUCACCUGGGGGCACCGUCUGCUGGGCCAGGGGGCACACAUUUUGUCAGCCGUGAACUUCAUCCUGGCGUUCAAUAUGAACUACAUACCCGAGACAAUGAAACAGUACGGAACCAUCGUCGUGGCUGUAUGGAUCGCUGUGCAGAUAGUCUGGGAGCUGGUCUUUGAGUUCUGGACUUGCAGGAAAAAACAAUCAACAGGGAGUGGAAACAUCACUGACCCGAAAGGUCUAAGUAUUCAAGAAAAGACACAUCAACCGUCGAAAGUGAACGUCAUCAUGCUGGCCUUGUACGUCCUGACGCUUGUUGUCUUCGCCGUGGCCGCCCUCUGUGGAAUAUUCAUUUUUUAACCUACUAGUUUUAUCAUAUCGUUUCCAUAAUACUCCUAGACAUACAGUUUGGGGCGUUGGCACUUUGUGGACAGAUCUGUCGUCGCGCUGGAUAUCGCGGUUUGGAUUCACCACGGAUAAUGUGAGGCAAAUUCUGAUGGUUCCUGCCGUCUUGAAUAUUGCUGGAAUAUUGCCUAAAUGCCAUCCACCCCAACGCUGUGAUCUUAACGGGUUGUAUUAUUAUGAAACAGAUUUGUCAUUUGUUAUAUUGAAGCUGUCUGGACAGAAGCGAUUUACAGUCAAAUGUAUGUAUUCGUUUACACGUGUAGUCAAAAAUAAAUUCGCAGUUAUGUAUUAACACUCCGGGUAUUCUCGAUCCAUAUCUUACUCACUUCUUAACAGUCUUUGGAUCCUGGGACAUUUCCUACGGCAAUUGAAGUCAGGGAACGUGUGAUUAUGUAUAUUUUAACAAGUCGAUCUAUGUGUCCACCAAUGUCAUUAUCGAAUACAGUUUGUAUAAAGGCGUCUGAUAACGUCCCCGAUUGGAAUAUCAUGAGUAUCGCUACCAAACGUUGACGAGUACACAAGGUGUUCAUAGCCUGUAUAGACUAACAUCUAGUCUCUGAAAUGAACAUAUCAUACAGAAAAAAACACACACCAGUUGUUCAAUUAUCUUAAUAAAUAUAUAAUAAAAUGGAGCCCAGAGACUCUCUUCAUUUUCAGAUCUAGACUUGCCAAACAUUAUAGACUUGCAUGGGCUGUAUUUGACAUACAUUUGUAUCAGGGUCUGUGAGACAGACGAAUCGCCUGUAGAGCCCACCACUCCAACUUAAACAUUCUGACAUGUUCUCAUCCCACACCUGGCAUGAUUUGUCGAACAGCUACCAAACUCUGCACUUGUUCUAUUUAAUCGUUAACAGGCAAAAAAUGCUACCUCAUUUCUUAAAUAAGGGAUAUCCAUGUAAUUGUCGGUCAUAUACUCCAUCCUAGAAAGAGAUACGUAUCUUUAAUAUAGAGGCUGUUCAUAUACUAAACUGUUAACUUCACCUAAAACCGUUCUAUAGUCUGUUUCAUGAAAAAGGUAUCACAUAUGUAACUUUGCUUAAAACCAUACGUUUUGAGAAUUAUCACAAUUUGAAUUACCAAAGCCUAGACAGACUCAUGUUUUUAUAUAUCUGCUAUUUUAAUGGCCCUCCGAGUCGUACUUUUUAAAUGAAGUCGAAAAGUAAUUGUUCUAGCACAUCCGUCUGUAUAAUGCUGCAGUAAAUCCCAUGAUAACAUUAAUGUAUCUUUUCCCUUGUAAACUGUCAAUAUGAUAAUUGAAAUAUAAUGUUCACAUGGCACAACAAUAAUGCGUUUUACAAAAUACGUUUAAUAAAACAUUCAAAUGCA